CAUAACAUAAUCUGUACAGAAUUAAAGAGUGGUAACGCCUUAUCUGAGAAAAUAGUAUAAAAGGCAGAUUUGACUACAUUACUGUCAUUCGGUCAACGGUGUUAGAAGGAGCUCACUUCUUUUGUCUGCUUCAACAAAUUAUUUCGCCAAUAUGAAGCUGUGCGCUGCCACAAUCACCGUGCUGCUGUUAGGCCUCCUGAAACCGUGCCUGUCUUUCCCACCUGUUGCAGACAUCCCUCUUCCUAACACUCCUAGCAACUACGGAGCACUCUAUGAAGGAUCUCACGAAGGGAAUGCAAAUACCUAUUCGAAAACCGAUACCGACUCUCGAGGCUUGGGAACCGCUUCAAUGCAGGCUGGUCUCAGCGGCACUGGAAGGUUAGACGGAGCUGUCCUGACUGGAGGACCAGAUGGAAAUAAAGCAGGUGGAAGAUACUUCGGGGAUCUGCAAGGCCAAGGGGCGAUGAAAGCCGACACUCAGUCCUUUUCGACCCCCACGGGAUCAGUCUCCACAACAUCCACUAGGAGCUCACUCACAGGAACUGGCAGCUUUGCUGGAGGAUCUUUUGCGGGUUCGUCGUCAGGACUGAACUGGAAAAAAUAGACGAGAUGUAAUGGUUACAAGUUACCAUGCGAUAGAAAAAUUAAGAUCUCGGAGAUAUGAAACCAAUGGAAGCUACUCAACUGGAAGUAAAGGAGAGGAAAAACCGAAAUUUUUUCGACGCAAAAACUUCCAAUAGUUGUCUUUUAGUUCCCUAAUAAAUUUGUGAACUAAUAACUUUAAAAUGUUAAAAAUAUGUUAAAUAAAAACCUAUGCAUUAAAA